GGCUUAUGAGCGAAGAACCGACAGCCGCAAGCGGUAACCCGCAGAGGCCGGUGUCAAGCUGCUGGCUCAGAGGGCCGGGCACCGGGGAGGAGCCUCACGGGAGGAAGAGGAGGGGCGGAUGACGGCUUUUCCUGGCUCCUCCUGAGGCGAACGGCGGAAGAGUGCAGGGCCGCGGCAAGCACGCCGGCGACCUUCCGGGGCCGGCCCUCGGUGGAGUUGCGGCCAGGGUGGGGCACAGCGGACUGGGGCCGCGGUACCCCAGCUGACCGAGGCCGCCACCGCCCACGCUGACCCCGGGCCGCCCAGCUGGCCGAAGUCGCCGCGCACGUGACUCGAGGCCACCCCACUCACCCUCGACUUCACCGGCGCAGCCCCGGCUCCAUCAGGUGCCAGAAGCACCUGGGCUGAGAUCUCCUGCAGCAAAGCCAGAGAUGGCAUCAGUGGACUUCAAGACCUACGUGGAUCAGGCCUGCAGGGCUGCUGAGGAGUUUGUCAAUGUCUACUACACCACCAUGGAUAAGCGGCGGCGUCUGCUCUCCCGCCUAUACAUGGGCACGGCCACCCUGGUGUGGAACGGAAAUGCUGUUUCGGGACAAGAGUCCUUGAGUGAGUUUUUUGAAAUGUUGCCUUCCAGUGAGUUCCAAAUCAAUGUGGUAGAUUGUCAACCUGUUCAUGAUGAAGCCACCCCAAGCCAGACUACAGUCCUCGUUGUGAUCUGUGGAACAGUGAAAUUUGAAGGCAACAAACAACGGGACUUCAACCAGAACUUCCUCCUGACAGCCCAGGCCUCGCCCAGCAAUGCAGUGUGGAAAAUAGCAAGCGACUGUUUUCGGUUCCAGGACUGGGCCAGCUAGUAUGGCAGGAAAGGCCUCUGCUUCAGCCCCAGCUCUAGAGGGAAACUCAGACCUCAAAUGUGAGGACACAAAUUCCUGUUUGUUGUUGCAGCUACACCUCCCAGGCUGCACUCUGCAUUUGCUCGAGUCCAAGAAGCUCCUUUCUGAGUGUAAAGUUGUUGGUCAUAGUUCCCUUUUCAAAGUAGUAAAAUUUUCUAUUUUUCUAUUUGCCCAACAGAGACCCUGGUUCUGGGAAUUCUGACAAAUAAAACGA